AAUUAUUACAAAAAGAACUAUAAAGAAAUAUUAAAAAACACGAUGGUUCAAUUAAUAUUUUUAGCAAUUGCUAUUGGAAUCUGUGCACCAAUUUCAAUUAUUGUUUAUAAUAGCCCUCCUAAAAAAUAUCAAGGAACUUCAAUCUCGAUACAAAACACAGAUCUAUAUUUUGAUCCAAGAAAUAUGUCAAGUUUUGAUAAAAUGGACGUUGAACCAAAUGUUUAUUUAAAUUGUCAUACCCAUACCUAUUAUUCUGAUGGUUCAUUAUCACCAGAGAUGACAAUACAAUACCACAUUUUAAAUGGGUAUAAUGUUAUGUUUAUGACCGAUCAUAACAUGAUUUCAGGAGGUUUGGCAGGUCAAAAAAUAGCACAAGAGAAAUACAGCGAUCAAAUUUUAGUUAUACCCGGUAUAGAAUGGACUAAUUGUCGUUGUCAUUUAAAUUUGAUUGGAAUUGAGGAAGAUGUACCUCUUAUUAAAUGGCCAACAAACCAAGAAAUUAAAGAAUUAAUAGAUUAUGUUCAUUCAAAAGGUGGAUUGGUUAUACUUAAUCAUUACCCAUGGUCAGAAUGGGCUGGCCUAUCGCAACCAUCAAUGCAAGAGUGGAUCGAAAUGGGUAUUGACUUUUUAGAGGUUGUUAAUGGUAUCACAGUCGAUUAUCAAGGUAUUGUGUUUAGCAAGCAAAAUAACCUUCGUUAUGUUACUGGUACCGAUUUGCAUUUCGAUGAAAGAGCUUCAGGGUGGACUGUAUUAAACGUACCUAUCAACCAUACCUUAUCACCAACUGAUAAGAUUAGUUCAGUUGUACCAUACUUAACCAAAGAGUCAGUUUUAAAAGCACUCAGAGAUAAAUCAACCCAAAUCUCAUUUUUAUUCGAUGCAAAAGGUUCAAUUAUUCAAGCCACUUCCCAACAUUCUUCCUUUAACCCAAAAUAUACUUUUUAUUCAGCCUGGAUCAAUCUUGGACGUCUCUUCCACUCUUAUUUCGAAUUACAAAGAGGAAUGUAUAGUUUUGUUGAUGGCUCUUGUACAGAUGUAAUAACAGUUGUUUAUGGUUCUCAAAUCGCCUGCUUGGUAGCUUGGAUUAUCAUAAUGUUCUUUUGUUUUAAAUUUUUAUUUUACAUUUUAAGAAAAUGUGCACAAUUAUUAAUUAUAAAACUAUAUUCAAAAAAGAAACAA